GCGGCCUGAGUCUAGGAAGGGGUGGGGCCCAUCGAUGCCAACUCAGCAGCUUCCAGGAGCUCUGAUGGCAUAUAAGGCUCCCAGGUCCUUACAGGGCACCCCGAGGGGAGGGCAUAGACCGUGACCAGGCAGAGAAGCAGCGGACAGAGAGCCGGAGACGGUGAAGGGACUGACAUGGAGGCUGGCGCCCGGGCCUGGGACAGUUGCCUGCUGGACAAGGACACCUUCUUGGAAAACUUCCACCUUGAGUGGUGGCCAAAUAAGGCCUACCUCUGCUACGAGACGGAGCUCCCCAGCGGUGACCCCGGGGUCCCUCUGGGCCAACACAAGGACAUCCUGUGCAAUAAGCAAAUGACACAACCCUUUCCUGCCUCCUCUAUGCUCGGCCUGCCCCGGGGAGGUCAGCCGGACUGCCCCGCGGGGUUGUGCCGGCUGCAGCGGAUCCAGGCCUGGGAGCUGCUUUCUGUCCUGGAGAACAGACACGUGACCCCACACCCCUUCGCCUCCCACCUCUAUACCGAGGAAGGAUUUCAGAAUGGGUUGCGCCUCCUGUGGGGGGCCGGGGCCCGCAUCGCCAUCAUGACCUCCACCGGUCCGUGUGGAGCUCCCGGGGUGGGCGGUGGGCAGGGAGAGGCCUGGGGGGACUGGCUACGAAGGCGUGGGCAGGAGUGGAAUCCCUGGCGGAAGCCUCUGGUGGCUGCACAGGCCAGGCUGACCUGGGACGGCAGGGGACAGCGGAGCGUGCUGGAAGAGAGAGUUGGGGGCAGGAGAGGAGUCUGGAACGGGCCGGAGAAUAGCGGACGUGCAAGAGAGACGUGGGUGGGGUGUCCCGAGAGGAGGGGAAUCCGGCUGGCCGAGACUGCAGGCUGAAGAAAGAGUCCCGGGGGUUAAGGAGUCGCCCGGAGGACAGAGGGCAGCGGCGCCGUUAUGAAGGGCAAAGCCUGUCCCCGAGAGUCAGACACCCUGUGGCCACCCCUGUGGCCCGGCUCUCCUCCUGCCCCGCCCCGCCCCACUGCAGAGUUUGAGCACUGCUGGGAACCCUUCGUGGACAACCAGGGAAGAGCCUUCGAGCCCCGGGACACGCUGGUCUCCCAGAGUCAGGACCUCGCUGAGACGCUGCAGGUCACAGGGAUCUAGAGACCAAAAACCUCCUCCUACAAGCCAUCCUGUCAGCAGCACUGACUGCAAGUGACAGCCACGCUCUGCAAGAGAAGAGGAAGGAGUCUGCUGGAGAGGAACCUCCCCUCUGAGGUCAGGUGGGGGCGGGAGGCUCUCCAGUCCUCACCCCUCCUGACUGGCCUGCCCCGGAGAGGAAGCCAGAGGGAGGGACUUCCAUGCCCAGAAGGCGAGCUCUGCCCCUUCCUGACACAGCGCACGCGGUGCACAGACAAGGGACUGGACGCGCAGGGGACUGGGACCGGCACCCAGGCGGGAUCCCUCCCGCCGCCGGGCUCACCGUGGCCCUCGUGCCAGGCUCCGUGGAAUCCAGACCCUGCUGAGUGGAAUCCCGGCUGCUGGUGGGCGUGCACGAGGCCUUCCCGAAGGACAGCAAG